GUGCAGAAAAAAAGUCCUGCCCUCCCUCCUCUUCCUCCUCCCCCCUCUCUCGCUUCCCCGUCCCCUCCUCUCCCCCUCGGGCCGGGCGGGGCGGGCGGAGGGUCCCUCCCCCGGCGGGGCUCCCGCCGCAUCUCGCCGGAGCCGGGCAGCACUGCAGGAUGGACCUCCCUGAUCCCGCAGGUCCUGCUGCCCUCCCCAAGCACAUCCUGGAUAUCUGGGUCAUCGUCUUGAUCAUCCUGGCCACUAUUCUCAUCAUGACAGCCCUGGUGCUCUGCCCAGCCACCGCUGUCAUUAUCUACCGGGUACGGACUCACCCCACGCGCAAUGGCAUUGUGUGAGGCUGCGGCGGAGAUGACGAGGGAUGGCCAGCUUGCGGGCCAGGGACCACAGCCAUGGGACCCUGUGCUAGGGACCCUGGAGAGCCCAAUGGUGCACACCAAGAGCUGGGGAGAGAGGGGCAGGAGUCGGGGCGGCCCAGCACCCAGACACCUGCCCCUGUAGCUGGCUCUCACCAUGUGAACCCUUUGCCUCCUGUUUACUUACCGAGCUCACGAGGACUGUCGGGGAGAUGGCAGCCUGGGCACCAGCACGGAGAUGCGUGACUGCAGAUGCUUCGAGCUAGAAACAAGUCACUGCUGUGAAGCAGACAGGUGGGAUUUCUCCUUCGCUGGCAACCCCAUCUUCUCCCAGGCAAACAGCAAGGAGUGGAAAUGCUCUGCAAAGUUAUUCUUCUUUGGAGUUCCAGCUGUUGAGGUGGUUGGGAAAGAAGGGUCAAAGAAAGAUGGAUAUGGCUUCUGGUCAUGCAUUCAGAGACUCAGCUAUAAACAGUAGUGCCAGAGCCCGUCCUGGCUGCACAGCAGGCGUGCAGCUGGCACCAGCUCCUCCUCUGUCAGAUAUCUGCCGAAUUUGUAGGAAAAACCCUAUGGGCUGCUCGGUUCCUCUGGGUCUCGCAAGGCAGAGGAACAUGGGCAGUUCCUGCCCAUACGACAGCUGCGCUCGGUGCUCCUGCAGAUGGGAAGAGCUCCCACCACUCACCCAGCACGCCGGCUCCACUGUGAGGGUCUGUGUGCCCCUAAUCGCCUGGGCUGGCAAAGCGGGAGGAGCCCAGGGGUUCAUGCCCAGGCAGUGGCAAGAGACCAUACAAGUUCGCACAUUGCCUCUUGCUCCAAAAUAAAUUGAAUUUAUUCUACA